AUGGAGGAGACAGAGGCUACUGUCACGGCUUCGGCGGUUGAAAAUGCGAACUCCUUGAAGAGGAAGUCUGAUGAUAUUGGUUGGGAAUAUGGAAAGCUUGUCGAUCCAAACAACAAGGAUAGAGUCAUAUGUAACUUUUGCAAGAAUGUAAACACAAGAGGAAUUAACCGUUUCAAGAAACACAUUGCUCAGGUUGGUGGUGGAGUUGCCAAGUGUAGGAUUUGCCCAAAUGAAGCUAAACAAGCAUGCUUGAAAUGGUUGGAAGGAACAGAAAAGAAGAAGCAGGAGAAUGAGAAGGUUGUUCGUGAGCUAGGUUUGAGAAGUGAUGUUAAUUUCUCUUCCGGUGGACAACAGGAAGAAGGCCUUACUUGUGCAGCUGUUGCAUUCAAUGCCAUUGAGAAUGAUGAGUUCAAGCAAAUGGUUGAGGCUAUUGGUCAAUUUGGUCCUGGAUUGAAGCCUCCUACACAGUAUGAGCUUCGAGAGCCUUUGUUGAAAGCUGAGUAUGCAAGGACUAAGAGCUUGUUAAGUGAUCGAGAGGCAGAGAAGGAAAAGAAUGGCUGCUCUAUUAUGACUGAUGCUUGGAAAGACAUGAAGAGGAGAAGCAUCAUGAACAUAGUCACACAUUGUGCCGAGGGAACCAGUUUUAUAAAGUCGAAGGACACAUCAGCGAUUUCUCACACAGCAAAGGCCCUCUUGUCGGAGAAGAGGCCAAACAUGUUUUGGAGUUCUUGUGCAACCCACACCAUCAAUUUGAUGCUCCAAGGAAUCAGCAACAUACCAAGGUUCAAGAAAAUUGUAGAUCAAGCUAAGGGGUUCACCAUCUUCAUAUAUGGCCACCACCGCACCUUGGAAUGCAUGAGAUCCUUCACCAAAAAGAGAGAGAUCAUCCGACCAUGUGUGACUCGAUUUGCUUCUCAAUUUCUUACACUACAAAGUUUGUUGGAUAAGAAAGAUUCUUUGAUGAAGAUGGUGGUGGAUGCGAAGUGGGAAAAUAUUAAGGACACGAGUUCAAAGAAAGGCAAGGAGGCUUAUGACACGAUUCUUAGUGUUAUGUUUUGGAAUGGUGUGGAAGUUUUCUUGAAAGUCUUUGAGCCAUUGGUGAAGCUUCUUGAUUAG